AUGUCUCAAAGCUCCAUGCUGGAUGAGGUUGGGACGUGGAGGGAGACGGAAUGUCAGGCCAGAUGGCAGGAGGUGCUGCCAGAGCUCCUAAACAGUUUUUCUGCAGUGGAAGAUGGUUUGAAGGAAAUAGGUCUCCUUAAGUUGCUCUGCCAGUCCUUGGUCCCCCACAUUCCCUCCACUGAUCUGGAGAAACAAGUGGAGGAGAGUUUUCACAGACUUCUAGGAAAUGUUGUGAGCCUGGUUAAGAACAACUCCAGGGAUAUUUUGGAAGAAAUUGCUCAGCAGUUGGAGAUGGCAUCCACUCUAAUAGACAGCAUAGAGCAAUGUGUAAAGUGUGUGUGUGGCGAUUCAGAAGUUGAAAUUUCUAGUUUCUUGUCUCUCUCCAAGGUGGUACUCUCUAUCUUAAAGGAGUCUUAUCAACACUGCAAGACCAGUUCAUCAGUGUAUGGAGACCUGCUGGGGAUGCUGUCAGAGGGUUUGUCUGCCAUAUUUAAGAAGACACACAGCUUGCAGAUGAGCUUCAUAUCCCUACUUGAUAAGGUGGUGCUGGGGUCCACCUCAAGUGAUGAAGACAUUGAGCAUUUCUGUGCUGGUAAGACCAGUUCAUCAGUGUAUGGAGACCUGCUGGGGAUGCUGUCAGAGGGUUUGUCUGCCAUAUUUAAGAAGACACACAGCUUGCAGAUGAGCUUCAUAUCCCUACUUGAUAAGGUGGUGCUGGGGUCCACCUCAAGUGAUGAAGACAUUGAGCAUUUCUGUGCUGCUCUCCUCAAUCUGCAUGAAUUAUGUGCUAUUGUAAACACCCUGGACGUCAAGAUCACCAUCACCACGUGGAAGGCAGUGUCAAAACUAGCAUGUCAGCACAAAGAUUCUCUAAGAAACAGACUAGAUGUGUCUGUGCUGGUGACGUCACUCUGUCUGGAGGUGCUCACUUUGUUCAGGCACUUGUUUCAACUUGCACCACAGACUGAUAAGGAGGGAAAUAAAAUCAGCUGCGGGGACCCCAAAGCAUUCUCCAAGUCUGUCAAGGUCGCUGGUUUCCAGAUGAAAGUUCUAGUGACGCUGGUGAAGGAAUUUGAGGGUUACCUUGGCAACUGUGUCAGAGAGCUGUAUCAGCUGUUACAGGAGCUACACAGGCACAUGCCCCCAUCACUUUCUGCACCCAGCAUACCUAAACAAUACACAGAAGACAUAGAGAGACAAGUUACUAUAGCAACAGAGCCAAUGUUAACACAUCUCCUUGGUAACAGAGAGUUCAUUGAGUGCCUAAUGGAUACUGAGGGUUUUGAUAAAGAAAUGUGUCUGUCGAAGUGUUUGCUGCAGAUGGUGUAA